UGACUCGGCACUGAGAGUCCCGGAGAAGACGCUGCGGUCGGCACCUCCUGUGUUCAGGCCUUGGCCUUUCCGAACCUCUCCCCUUCCUCUCCCGAGUGUUCUCCUUCAGUUUUGAAGCCGGUGGCGUCGCGGCCGCCCUGCCGGGCUGAGAAUGGUGGGAGUGAAGCCGGUCGGGAGCGACCCAGAUUUCCAGCCGGAGCUGAGCGGCGCGGGCUCCAGACUCGCCGUGGUCAAGUUCACCAUGCGAGGGUGUGGACCGUGUUUAAGGAUUGCCCCAGCAUUCAGUUCUAUGAGUAAUAAGUAUCCACAGGCAGUUUUCUUGGAAGUUGAUGUACAUCAGUGUCAGGGGACAGCUGCCACCAACAAUAUAUCAGCAACACCUACAUUUCUGUUUUUUCGAAACAAAGUGAGAAUUGAUCAAUAUCAAGGAGCAGAUGCUGUUGGAUUAGAAGAAAAAAUCAAGCAGCACUUAGAAAAUGACCCUGGAAGCAAUGAGGACACAGAUAUUCCAAAAGGCUAUAUGGAUUUAAUGCCUUUUAUUAACAAAGCUGGUUGUGAAUGUCUUAAUGAAAGUGAUGAGCAUGGAUUUGACAACUGUUUGAGAAAAGAUACGACCUUCUUGGAAUCUGAUUGUGAUGAACAGCUGCUUAUUACUGUGGCAUUUAAUCAACCUGUUAAGCUUUAUUCAAUGAAAUUUCAAGGGCCAGAUAAUGGUCAGGGUCCUAAAUAUGUAAAAAUUUUUAUCAAUCUGCCCCGAUCUAUGGAUUUUGAAGAAGCAGAAAGAAGUGAACCAACUCAAGCUCUGGAACUAACAGAGGAUGAUAUUAAAGAAGAUGGAAUUGUCCCACUUCGUUAUGUUAAGUUUCAGAAUGUUAACAGUGUAACUAUAUUUGUUCAGUCCAAUCAAGGUGAAGAAGAAACAACAAGAAUUUCGUAUUUUACUUUUAUUGGUACUCCAGUCCAGGCAACAAAUAUGAAUGACUUCAAACGAAGAAUACAUAUUGGCAAGUUGAGAGUUAUCAACCUGUGAAACAGUAGUUGGCAAAAAAGGAGAAAGCCACUAAGGUACAAAAGACACUGGAAGACCAUAUUGCAAUCAGAUCUACAGCUCCUGGAUAAUUGCUUGAUUCUCAUCAGAGACUGUCAAUAUUCCAUUCAUUGCCAUUACCAAUAAAUCAUUGCUUUUGUUCGGAUGGUAUCACUAGUGUUUUUGUUGUAAUCUUGAUACAUGCAAUUGUAAAUAAAAGUCACUACUUUUGCCAAGCUUAA